AUGACCAAAGAAAAUAUGACGUUGGAGGCAAUAUUCCAAAACUUUAUGGUAGAUCAAGAUUUUGAUUCUAAACAUGGAUCAGUAGCCGUUAUGGUACUUCUGUUUCCCUUAAUGAAGAGCUUCCUCGAAGACAAUCCAGGAGUCACAAAUCAUUUAUCAUGUAUCGUUAGAAGUUUUUUGAAUGUCAAAUAUUUUAGACCUGCUUUUGCUGUGCUUGGUGCUCUCGAAAGUCAUCUGGUUGAGCCUUUCUAUAGUGUAACCAUUGCUACAAGAACUACUCAUUCUCAACUGAAAAGUUUUUAUAAAACUCUCUUUCAGGAAAUGUCGAAAGAUGUGACUUCCGAUUUCUUCAGACGACGCCGUGGCUACGAAAUUACUUCGGAUUUCGAGGAGAAAUAUCUUGCUAAACAACAAGCCUUCAACGAAUACGACACUCCAGUUAUAAACAUAGCAAUGGAACGUUUAUGUGGUCAAUCGAAGUUGUCAUUUAGAAGUUUCUGUGAAGAAGCUUGUCAGGUUAAGAACCUAAAACUAACUUGGAUUCAAUCCAUGAAAGAGAAGUUUCAGGCAGGCGUUGCUGUGAAACAGGUUAUUGCAGUCAUGAAAGAAAGGAAGAGACUAAAUAUGACUGCAGAACUGAAAGAAGGUGGACCCUUCACUAAUUCAUAUAAAGUUGAGGAACACGUUAAGUCGGACAUCACUGAGACCAAGAAUCAGAAAAAAAUGAAAAAAGAAAUUCUGUUUGCUAGAGGCUCGUCAACGUAUUUGCCCAAAUCUGAUCCUCUGUUUCGUAUUCAAGUUACACUUCCGAAUAAAAUACGUCGUGACGUCAAGACGUCGCUUAAACAGUAUUUCAUUAAAAGCAAUACUUGGACAGUACUCAACAAAUCAGUCAUCUCUCACUAUGGAACAAUUUCGGGAAUCAUUCAUUCACUUACCUGA